GGAAUGCCUGCUGACCAUGGGGAAGAGGUAGACUGCUUCUUCAAGGCUAAUGUGAACAGCGCAAAACUGGGCCCAUUGUGCUGCUUGCCCAACUUCAAGAAGAGUUUUCUUGAUAUGAUUAAGUCACUGGAAACUGAACCAGAUGCCUCCAUCCGAUGGAGCUGACUGCAAGGGUGUUUCCAAUUCUUCAACUGCUACGAAGAGUCCACCUUCCUUGGGGACCGAGAAUAUAAGUCCUCCACAACCUGUGGAGUCAGGGACACUCUCAAUCCUUUCUGCAGACCACACAGCAAAAUCGAAGACAACCACCGGACAAGAGAUGGAUGAACAGACACUCAACAAAGAGGGGAAAGAUAGCUGUCGGGAGGAGGCGGUGGAUGAAGUGGCACAGCAAGUCGCUUUACUGAUCCAAAUGGAGGAGGACCUGCAGAAUCCUGCACUGGGGGUUGUGGAGACUGAUAGCUCCCACCUUGGAAUGUCUCCUCCUGCAUCGAAGUCAAAGUUGCCUCUCGCCACAGAGCAGAACUUAAACAUUACAAACCCUGAAAAAAACUUACUGGGUACUGGUGAGCGUACAGCACUGCUAUGCACCGGAGGCCAGGAAGAUGCCACAAUCGUCAAUGGUCAUGCAGAGAGCUUGGUCCAGCAUCAAUGGGCAGAAUUGAAUGAACGAAGUGACCCUUCUCGAAUGAAAUGGAGAGGCAAGGACUCUGCUGUUGGACAAACAUUGGGAGUCAAAGGGUCCCCUGAAGCUGCAAUCAGCAGGUCGCAGCAGAGACAACUAUUUGUUUCUAUCCCGAAAUCGUCGAAGACACAUGGCAGAAGCAACUACUGCACCACCAAAAAGCACACUCAGGAUGGUUAUGAAAAGAUGAUGUCCCUCUCACCUGUGGAGUCGGUCAGUGCCUCUCCCAUGCACAUGUCUCCUAUCCUUCCAUUUGUCUCCUUCGAUGAGACAGAGCCCCUUCUGCUUGACCAUUCCAGACUGGGGGAAGAUAAUUUGGCUUCUCAUUUAAAGCUUCCUGGCAUUUCAGGGACAUGCAAACUGGAAGAUGAUGACGUCUCCAGCUUUGAGAGAUUUACUGUGUCUGCCUUGUCGACACCAGCAAGUGAGACAUUGGACAUACUGCUCACUGACUCAGAGGACACAGCUAUGGUGCCCAGCACCAUCAAAUGUCUGCUGAUGGCACCAGAAAACGGAGAAGAAGCCCUGGAUCCUGACACAAGAUUGUUUUGCCCCAGGCGCAUGCUGCAUUCUGAUGAGAGGGAGCAGGGAAGCUGUCUGGAUCAGGAAGAAGGGAAGAGAAAGAAACAAAAUGAGUCGGAGAAGAAGACAGAGACAUUAGACCAAGUAUUCCCUUGCAAGGUGGAUCAAGCUUCAUCAGCUCAGGAGUCCAGGAAGGAGGAGUCUAAGAAAGGGUUGCAAAUUGGUGAUAGUAAGCAGGGAUGGAGGGGUUCGCCCAUGACUGUGGAUAUAGAGAAAACAUCUUCCGGGGGGGCACACUUCAUGGCCCCUGCAAUGUCUCCGCCUGUGACGCAGAGCUACAGCUGGGUUACUGAGUGCCCAUUGACUGAACAGGUUGACAAGUUGUCAGUGUCAUCGUCAUCGCCAUUUUCUCAGAACUACUCCAAGUCGGACCUUCUGCCAUGCACCGUCAACCGUCAAGACUCUCCUGCAUGCGACAAGGGACCACAAGACAUCGUCGAUGGGGGGAGAUCUUCUGACCCUUCCCAAUGUCAAGGCAAGCACCCUUCACCACUGCCACCCGCUGCUGGUUGCAUGAGCUGUGCCAUUUCUGCCGAUGGUGCAUCCCCAUGUUUGUCGCCCCAGCCAUUGCCCCUCUCCUCUCCACCAUCAGCAUGUUCAUCACAAUUCUUCACUCCAACGAUGACUCUAGCACCCAAUCAGCCUUCCAUCCUAACUCUGCAGUCAACUCAAGCAGUAGCACCAUUGCCACCAGCAUCAGAGAAGUUCGCAGCCGCCCCUCCAGGAGGAUCAUUCCCUGCGGCCUGUGUGUGCUAUGACUCCAAGCCAGUCCCGAUGAGCACUGCACCUGUAAUAAUUGAGGAGAUGGUUGUGGAAGCCUCUCUUUGUCCCUCUCUGCGGAGCCCAAACCUGAUUCCUCCAAAUGAGGAGCGGCAAAUAUGUGACAGCUCCAUUGACUGGUCUAGUACAAGACCAAGCAUAGCGCUUCUGUCUAUCAGGAAGCCCUGUGCAAUGCCCUCUGGACCUGUCCUCGAUUCAUCCCCAGCGCCUCCACCACUACACAGAGCUAGUGCACUAGAGCAUUCUUUCAAUCCAUUGAAUAAAAAGGCACUGCAGCCAUUGCUCAUGCAACCGCUACACCGUGAAGACAUUCUAGAGGAGGUGUUCAAGGACAAGUCUAUCCCUCCAUCUAGCUCAUGCUCUUCCUCCACCUCCUCCCCCUGCAUGUUUUCGCUAUCCUCUUUGGAGCCACUCUGUCUUAGCAGUUUGCCUACUGAAGACAUUCCGACAACAUCGGAGGAUUUCCACCUGGGCCUCGUCAAACCUCGGAGACAGAUUCCACAACCCCCAUCGCCUGCUGGCUGGGAUAACCAGAACUUGGCAGCACGGACGGGUCUAUCAGGCCUGUCAGUUGACUCGUUCCAAAUGACUGCCUCAUCAGCAGCGAUUCUGCAAGCUGUUAAUGUAUUUCAUGGGUGCACAUUCUCUAUGCCAUUUGAUGAGGGCUGGCCUAGCAAGCCUAGUACUACAGUUGUCUCCCGGUCUGACAUGCCUGCAUCUGUAUCAUGCCCUGUACUAGCCACAUGGAUAGUUGAAUCUGGUCCAGACCCGUUCCCCUCGUCAGAUAUGUACCAUGGAACCGCGACCAAUGAGUCCUUGUGGGAUCUUGCCCCUGCGAAGGAGAAGGCCUCAGACUCUGGCUACUUGUCAGAUAAGGAUUACAAAACUGCAACCAAGGAGUCUUUGUGGGAUCCCAGCCAUGGGAAGAAGGGCUCACCCUCUGGUUCCUUGAAAGAUAAGGAUAACGAAACUGCAACCAGGGAGUCUUUGUGGGACACUGGACAUUGGAAGGAGGGUUCAGCCUCUGGUCCCUUGGCAGUUAAGGAUAGUGAAACAGCAACCAAGGAGUCUUUGUGGGAUCGUGGCCAUGGGAACGGGGAGGGUUCAGCGUCUGGUUCCUGGUCAGGUAAGGAUCACAAAAACAUAACGGAGGAGUUUUCGUGGGAUAUUGGCCAUGGGAAAGACAAGGGGAGCUCAACUGAAUGCGCUCCAUUCAGUGGCAAUGCCAGUAUCGUGACUCCUGCUGUGCCCAAUCAGCAGGAACAAGUUAAUGCCUCACUGGGGACUGCAGCAGGAACAAAACCUGUUCAUGGCAUAGCAGAAGAUGUUCCCUGUGGUGCAACAGCCAUUCCAACUGGAGCAGAUGGCCAUCAGCCCAUGGAGAGCUGUCAAACUGGCUUAGGAUUUACUCCAGAUUUUAUCAGCAACCAGUUGAGGCAGGAAGGAGUGAGCAAGGGGGGACAGCACAUUGGCGAAGACAGGGACCAUGGAACACGCAGGCAUGAAGCAGAGGAGACAGGAAAAACAUCAGCAGCAGCAUUGGCUAAGUGGCAGUCCCCAAGGUGUGAUGAAGAGGGAGCGAAUAUGAUCAGAAUGCUUGAGCAGGAAGCACCUGGUAUCUGUCCCUUGUCGGAUGUAGAAAGGAAGACCUGUGAAGACGUUUUCCACAAAAUCACCUGCCAUGGAAGAUCAUACAUCUAUCAAACCGAAGCCUUCAACCUGUUUGCCAAGGCAGGGCUAUCAACUGCGAAAUUUCAUAGGGCAUGGUACACAAUUCUUACCUCCACUACAGUCUUUGAUUUCGUUGAACUACAUCUCUUAUACAUGUAUUUAUGCCUCCUGUUACGAUCCUGGACAAUUCCGAAACGCAAAACACAAGUGCAAGGAAAAUGAGAGAUACCAAUAUGGUGCAGACCAGAACCCAGAACCGACCUCUCACAGAC